AUCAUGGAAGGACUAAAAGGGAAGACUGUCUUACUCGUGACUCAUCAAGUUGACUUUCUCCCAGCGUUUGAUUCUGUUUUGUUCAUGUCAGAUGGAGAAAUCCUACAGCAAGCUCCUUAUCACCAUAUUUUGAGCUCAAGCCAAGAAUUCCAAGACCUUGUCAAUGCUCACAAAGAAACUUCUAAUUCUAAUCAAUUUGUGAGUGUUACAUCUUCCCAGAGAAAUUUGACUUCUGAUAGAGAGAUUACACAAGCUUUCAUGGAGAAGCAGUUUAAAGCAACAAAUAGAGAUCAAUUAAUUAAGCAAGAAGAGAGAGAGACAGGGGACACAGGGUUGAAGCCUUACAGGCAGUAUCUGAAUCAGAUGAAAGGCUAUAUAUACUUUUCUAUGGUUUCCCUUUGUUACAUUGCCUUCGUUAUUUGCCAGAUAUUGCAAAACUCAUGGAUGGCAGCAAAUGUUGACAAUCCCUAUGUCAGCUCGUUACAAUUGAUUCUUGUUUACUUCUUGAUUGGAGCAAUUUCAACCAUUUUCUUACUGAUCAGAUGUCUAACUACAGUUUCCUUGGGUAUUAAAUCAUCUCAAAAUUUAUUUGUACAGUUGAUGGAUUCACUUUUUCGUGCACCAAUGUCAUUUUAUGACUCUACACCAAUGGGAAGAAUACUUAGCAGAGUAAGCAUAGUAAACAAUUUCUUUCCUUGCAAUGAAAUGUAAUGAAGGUAAUAGUAUUUUGACUGUCAUUUCCUUGUCUAGGUCUCAUCAGAUUUGAGCAUUGUGGAUCUCGAUAUACCCUUCAGCC